GAGGGCCGUCCAUCUGAUGCGAGGAAGCAGCCAGAUUGUUUUAUAACAUUUCUACUGGCAUGUCCUCCCAUGAUUUCAAUUAGCUAAUGGUUUACUUCGUGUCCAAAAUAAAGCCGGGCCCUCACAAAGACGUCCAUUGAUGAGACAGACUCCAGUGUGGCAGAGCCUUGCAGAGAGCAGCGACCCUGCCAAACACGCCAGUGUUUCUUCAAGGAAUACGCCACAACAGCCACUCUGCUCAGCUUGGUCGUUACCGAGGCUAAACGAACCCGCGUCCUGCCCUUGUGCGUAAGCCUGACACUUACUGAGUGCUUUGCAGUUUAAGGGGUCUAAUUAUUCUCAGGUGGUCGAGGCCCUUUUGACUAUGAAUUCAUCUUUCACUCUGGUUCUGCCCUUCCUCCUCCCCUUCAUCAAUGGCCAGGUGCCCCAUUGGGGCGCCUGCCCCGAGCCAUCUGUCCAGCCAGCCUUCAGCCUCAAACAGUUUGUGGGGAGAUGGUUUGAGAUCGCCAAACUGCCCGCACAAUUUGAGAAGGGCAGGUGCAUUGAGACCAACUUCACCCUGAAGACAGAUAACUCCUUUCGAGUGGUCAGCUCUGAGAUAGAAAAAGGAGAACUGAGAAAAAUUGAGGGGAUUGGAGUCACAGUGGACCCAAAGAAUCCUGGCAAGCUGGGAAUAACCUACUCCUAUGUUUUGCCCUACUCUCCCUACUGGAUCCUGUCCACUGACUACGUGAACACAGCCGUGGUCUACUCCUGCACCGACAUCCUGAGGCUGUUCCACGUCGACUUCGCCUGGAUCCUGAGCCGGACGCGAAGGCUGCCCACUUCCGCCAUCGAGAAAGCCAAAGAGACCUUCACCAACAACAGCAUCGACGUGAGCAGGAUGACCGCGAGCAGGCAGCAGGGCUGUGACAGGUUCCUGAUGAAAAAAUGAGCUUCGCCAGACACAUGAACGCAGACAGCGAAGAUGAACGAAGCUCUUCUCUUUCGCCUGAUUGUGAUAAAUUAAUUGUCUACUAAAAUAUUUGAUGAUUGCACAGUUACCAUUGAGCAUGCUUUGAGGUGUAUUAUGUAUCUUUCUUUGUGAGGAUGUUAAAACGUUUAAGGUUUAAAGUCUCUUUUUUGUCAAGCGCAACGGAACCUUGGCUGCAGUGUAGAACAGGGUCAGCAUCAGAUGUUCUAUGUGUCCAGCAUCAGAUGUUCUAUGUGUCCGACACCAGAUAUUCUGUGUCCAAAAUCAGAUGUUCUGUGUCCAACAUCAGAUGUUCUGUGUCCAACAUCAGAUGUUCUGUGUCCAACAUCAGAUGCUUGUGUCCAACAUCAGAUAUUCUAUGUGUCUAGCAUCAGAUAUUCUAUGUGUCCAACAGGAACCAUACUGUGCCUCUAAAUCAAUAAAUAAGAGUGAACCUUU